AUGCUCGCAGUGCAUGUGCCCCAGGCUCAGGCAAUGGCUACCGAAUUGCAUGAUAAUACACGGCCCAAGCGCCCAAGGUUGUCUUUACAGAUAGCGUCUGCCAUAACGCCACAGAAUUUCAUUCGUCCAGCCAACGGUGGAACACUGUGCGAUGAUAUGAGCUCGCCUACGGUGCGAAAUACCUUCAAUAAUUCUUCAAGGAAUUUCCUUUCCCAUCCGUCCAAGCCCCCAAGUGAGGCCUGGACUAUCGCGCCAAAUUGCACCUCAUCUUCAAAUCCACUUGCCUUACCAUACAGCCUUCCAAGAGGCCUGCCAGGAAUACUGCGUAAUACAGUUCUGCAGCCCCGCCAACGUUCAGCAACUUUAGUUCGCGCACCACGCCAGAUGUUUCCGCCGGUGAAAUCGGUUUCUUUCAAAAACCCGCUUGUCGAGGAGAUUACAACAAGUGUGUAUGUGGCGGCGCAUUCGGACCUGGAUUCGUUAGAAUCCGACAACGAUGAUGAAGGGAUGGAUUCUAAAGUCGGAAACUAUGGUGAUGACAGCACAGAGGGGGGAAAGCAGAAGCAAAUAUCUUGGGCGCCAGUACGGCGAAAAGGCAAGCGACAUAGGCAAUGGACAUGGACUUUGGACACUCUCGAUGAUGGCGAUGGGGACGCUACUAUAAAAUAUCAGAGGGUCUCAAGCUUUGAAGGCGAAAGUUCGAAAAUUUCGGCCGCUCUUGAAGGGUAA